UCAUUAAAGCGGAGCAGCAGCUGUCAGCGCGCGCCAAAGCUCAAAGUGAGCGGAGCGCGCGGAGCGGGAGGAAGAGGAGCUGAAUGUGGAACAAACACCUCCGAACUUCUCUCGGUGUCGCAGGAUCGGUGCUUCCAGCGCGGGUUCGGCUGAGCGGGUUCGGCUGAGCGGGUUCGGCUGAGCGGGUUCGGCUGAGCGGGUCUCUGCUGGUUCUGGUUCUUGAGGAUCCUCCGAUCAGCCAUGAGCCAUGAGGUUGUCUCCCAGCAGCAGGCUGAAGUGGCGCCAGCUGUUGCCCGGACGACAGAGAGCGACUCUGACAGCGGAAUGGGAUCUCCAGCUGAGGAGGGGGUCACCCCCACCAUGGAGGAGCAGAGGGACAGCCUUCCAGAUUCAGAGGAAGACGAGGACAUCACGGCUCACAGGAAGCCGCGGCGUAACGCCAUCAGAGACAGCGACAGCGAGGAAGAAGCAGUGGAGAAGGGCGUGGCCGAGGCCCCGGGGUCACCUGCUUCCAGCGGAGAGGAAGAGGAGGGCAGGAGGGAUGGAGCGCAGCGGAGCAGGAGGAUCACCUGCUCUCCUGAGGAGGAGGCUGUGACGGCGAAGAGGAGGGAGAAGAGUCAGAGAAACCGUGAGAAGAGGAGGAAACGCAGCAAAGCGGUGGAAGACCUGAAGAAGAAGAGGAAGGGAGCAGAGAGGAGCUCUGAGGAAGAGGAGGGAGGAGCUCAGCCUCCGCUUCUGAACGACAGCGGCUGCCUGCUGGGAGACCCAGACCUGUUUGACGCCGGCCUGGAUGAUGAGGAGGAGGAGGAGGAGUCUCUGGACGCCAUCCGAGCUGCGGCCAGACGGAAGCUGAAAAAACUGGAGGCUCCGCCCCUGGAUGAAGACGAGGAUGAGGAGGCUUCAGAGAAGCCUCAGCGUCAGGAGAGGAGAGCCGCCCGCGCCAGCAGGGACGCCAUGAAGCAGCUGCACAGCGAGUCUCAGAGGCUGGUCCGCGAGUCCACCCUGGGUCUGCCGUACCACAUCCCCCAACCCAAGACCAUCGAGCAGUUCUUCAGGAGGAGGGCUCGGCCCCAGGGCCCCGCCAUGGCCUUGCUCAAGUCUUCCAGAUACUCAGAACUUAUGCUGGAGGCGCCGUCUGCUCCGCCCACUCAGCAGGAGGCCCCUCCUUCUCUGGAUCUGUCGGCCAAUCAGCUCCAGUCUGAACCUGCCGCCGCCUCGUCCCCGCAGCAGAACCUCCCUGCAGAAGCUGCAGCAGAACCAGAACCAGAACCUGAGUCGGGUCCGAUGCUGCUGCUCUCUGAGAGUCUGGAGGAGGCGCCGCCGGGUGCCGGUUCUGAACCCUCAGAUGCUCCUCUGGACCAGAACCUGAAGGCAGACGCAUCUGAAGUCCAACCAGCAGAACCUCAGGCGGAGCCCGCUUUGGGCUCCGGACCAGAACCGCCCAAACCCAAGAAGGACAAGCUGACCCGACUGAAGGAGCUGGGUUUGGACCCGCCUCCCGUGGCCAAGCUGAGCCCGGAUGACGGAGCGUUCGUUCGCCUCGAGCCGCCUCAGUCCAACCCAGGCGUGGAGGCCCUGAAGGAGCGCUACCUUCGCCACGUCCACGCCCCGCGUCGGCCCGCCGUGGAGCGGACCCUGCAGCUCACCGUGGUCCGUAAGGACAGCGCCCCCUCUGGCCGGGAGGAGCUGCACUCAGAGUCCAUCUCGGUCACCGUGAAGGAGGGAGCGGAGGAGCCGCUUCCCACCAAACCAGGAGAGAAGCUGCUGACCCUGAAGCAGCGGCUGCAGCUCGCCAUGGCCCAGCGCCGCCAGGAGGAGAGGGCCCGACGGGCCGAGCUUCAUCGCCUCGACAACGAAGACUGUGAGGAAGAGGAGGAGGAGGAGGAAGAUAUGACGGAUGAAUCUGAGGAAGAGGGAGUGGAUGAGCUGCUGGGGAGGGAGGAGGAGGAGGAGGCGCAGAACCCGGACCCGGUGAACACAGACGGGACCCUGAUGCUGUUCCCAGGCAGCUCCUGCUCCCGGACCGGGGACGGCGUGAGGAGGUCUGGACCUGCUGGAACGGAGCUGAGCAGUAAGACGGAGGAGGACGACUCGUUGGUGAAGGACGAUCUGGCCGCCUCCAUGAUCACCUCCUACCAGCCCGUCAGCAGCCAGCGGGGGAGGGGCACCUCCUUCUGCUCCUUCCGUUCUCCUUCGCCCUGCUUCUUCCGGCCCACCUUCCUGGGUUCUGCCUCCAGGAGCUCCGGCAGACUGUCAGAGCGCUCCCUCUGCCUCCCCGUGGAGGACUCCCAGGACCUGUACGCCCCGCCCUCCCCCGGAGCCGACUCGGGCCCCCUGGGGGGAGCGGCGUCCGGCCCGGUUCUGGGGGGAGACUCCCAGGGUCGCUUCUCCCUUGAGGACGACGCCCAGUCCCAGCUGCUGGACGCAGACGGCUUCCUGAACGUGGGGCCGCGUCCUGGAGACGCCUCGUCCCACAAGAGACAGCUGGUCCUGGACAGCCUGGACGAGAACGCCAUGGACGCCAACAUGGGGGAGCUGCUGGGGUUCUGCUCCGGGGGCUUUGGCUCGGCCGAGGGCGGCGCCGACGAGCUGCUGGGUCUGUGCUCUGGAGCGUUUCCUCAGACUCAGGCGGAGAAAGGGGAGGAGUCUGAGGGCGCCAUGGAGCAGCUGCUGGACCUGUGCUCCGGAAAGUUCCCCAGCCAAGGUGAGCGUUCCGACCCGGAAUCCUUGAUCCCAGAUUCAGGAAGUUCAGCUGAGGAACGUCUGGUUCUGCUUCCAGGUUCUGCUCCUUCAGCUCCGCUGCCUGCUGACAGGGAGGAGGAGCAGCAGCAGGAGGAGGAGCAGCAGGAGGAGGACUGCGAGUUCCAUCUGCUGUCAGACGUGGAGAGCGAGCAGCCUGAUGAGCAGGAGGACGAAGGUGAGGAUGAUGAUGGUGAGGAGGAGGAGGAUGGAGCUGCUGAUGAAGGUGAGGAGGAGGAGCUCCAGGGAGUGUUUCUCCCACGCAGACCAGAGAAGAAGAAGAAGAUGGCGCUGAGGGACUACGUGGACUCGGAGGCGGAGCUUUCAGGAAGCGAUGCGGACAGCGACGAUGACGAGGGCGACGAAGGCAGCGAGUACGAGGAAGAGGAGCUGCUGGAGGAGCUUCCUUCAGAUGAAGAGCUCCAGAACCAGGUCAACAAGAUCCACAUGAAGCAGCUUCUGGACGACGACAAGCGGCGCCUGAGGCUGUAUCAGGACCGGUACCUGGCGGACGGCGACCUGCACUCCGACGGACCCGGAAGAGCCCGCCGGUUCCGCUGGAAGAACAUCGACGACGGGUUCGGUGCGGACGGGUCGGGUCCAGACGGCGGCGAGGAGGGCGAGGAAGACGAGGAUGUGGACCCGGCUGAGGUCCAGAGGAGGAAGGCCCGGUUGGAGAGGGAGCAGUGGCUCAGAGAGCAGACGCAGCAGAAGGUCCAGAAAGGAGAAGAUCUGGAAGCAGAAGACGCCGCAGACGAGGACAGCCGCUUCAUGAAGCUGGCCAAGAAGCUGACGGCCAGAACCCUGGAGAGGAAAGAACCUCCUCAGUCGGAUCAGAGGAACCCCUUCCAGAACCUUCCUCAGGUGCGGCGAGGUUCUCUGCUCAGUCAGCCGCCGGCGCUGCUGCAGAAACUGGCCAACAUCUCUGAGGGGAACCCGCUGGCGCCGCGCAGCACCAGAGGCUUCCUGUUCCACGCCGUCUCCCCAGAGAAGGUCCACACGGCGCCGGAACCCGCUUACAAGCAGGUGGCGAAGAAGAGGAUCCAGGUGGAGGCGCAGAACCCGGCGGCCAAGAGGCCGUGCAGACGGAACCGCGACGCCGGACCCGCCCAGAACCCUCAGAGGAGCAUCUUCAGCUUCCUGGACCACUGAGGCGCCGCAGGGGCCCAGAUGGACCUUAACUGCCGAGGCCGCCGGGGCCCGGAGCGGGCCCCCGGUCC